AUGGCGGCUUAUGGUGCAGCCACUUCUCUCAAGAAUACGAUUCACCGUAUUCUACAAUCGUCUCGCGUUUCUCUCGUUUCCCACUCUCCACUAAUCUUACAGCCUGCCUACGACCAGAUGGAUCGAUUGCAGAAAGUUCUGCUCGAAUUGGACGAGACCAGCUGCAGCAAGAUCAGGACGAAGGUGAAUGCUGCGGAUGAACGAAUCAAAGACGCAGUUUGGGAAUUCGAAGAUGUACUCGAAUCCCAUAUCUUACCUCAGAUUCUUCCACAGCUCGAAAGCUCGAGAGAUCACUUGUCAUUCUCUGUAGAUCUGCAGAGUCUGCAACACCGUGUUGAUUGCUUCGUCGAGAAGAUGAGGAUGAUGGAGGAGGAGUACACUAAUGAAAUGGAGAAUAUGGCUGAAGAAGAAGGUGAGCCUGUUUCCUCAAGAAUUGAUUCUGGUGGAAUGAUCAAGUUAAAGAUGGUUGGAUUAUCUCAUGAAUUUGAACAUGCCAGAGAUUAUCUUCUAGAAGAAAUUAACAAGAAACCCUAUUCGAUUAUUGGGAUGGCGGGCGUAGGAAAGACAACUAUUGCUAAGCAUAUUUUUGAAGAUCCAUCGAUUCAGAGCCAUUUUGAGUUUCGAGCAUGGGUGAGAGUGGGCAGAAAAUGCGAACCCAAUGAACUCUUACGAUGCGUUCUAGCUCAAGUGGAUCCCCACGCUUACCAAAUGCUUACCCAAGGAGAUGAUGAUGAGGAGGAAUUAGUUGGACUUUUGAAAGUAAGAUUGAAGGGCAAGAAAUGUCUCAUCGUGUUGGAUGAUGUUUGGGAGAUACAAGCAACAAAUCGCUUGGUAAAUUGUUUGAGAAAAAGGAAUAUUGUUGGAAGGAUUCAAUUCUUAAUUACAAGUAGACAACAAAUGGUAUUCGCGGAGGAUGGGUACAAAAGAGUAGGCUUGUUGAAUGAAGAAGAAAGUAAAGAACUACUUGGUAAGAAGGUGUUUGGUGAAGAGGGUUUCCCUCCUCAACUUAAGAAACUGGGAGAGAAGAUUGCAUGGAAAUGUGAAGGUCUUCCUCUUAUGAUAGUCACAGUUGCAGAGCUCCUAUCAAAAGCAGAGAAGACACAAGAAUACUGGACUGAGGUACUCAAACAACACAGUUCAAUUUUCGUGGAAGCAUAUAAUCAAAUAUCAGAGGUACUUUUCCCAAGUUAUGAUUACUUACCCCAACAUUUAAAAAUGCCUUUUCUCUAUAUGGGAGCAUUCCCUCCAUAUAUUGAUAUGCUCACUCCAUCCCUACUUAGCAAUCUGUUGAGUGCUGAGGGGUUUCUUGAGCCGAUUGGAGAAGAAAGUUUUGAAGAUUUUUUCUAUAUAUGCUUGGAAAAGUUUUCUUUGCGGUAUCAUCUUAUUUUCAAGACAACAAAUUCUUUGUCUGCGGUGAGAGACUAUCGCGUGCAUUCUUGUUGGCAGCACUUGUGUAAGGUAGAAGCUAGCAGGAUCAAGUUUUUGCAUGUCUUACAAAGUUGUGAUGAUAUUAUAAAAGACCAGCGUCGGCUUUGUGCCCAUUGCAACACUUUAUUUUGUUUCAAACAAGUGUGUGAUUCGAUAAAAAGUGAUUGUGCAUCCACUACCCGCUCUCUCCUUUGUCAUGGUCCUUUUCGCCCAUAUCCAGUCCCAAUACAUGCCAUGGGUUUCAAGUUGCUCAGGGUACUAUUUGCUUCUCGUGUCCGAUUUUACCAUUUCCCAAUUGAAAUUUUGAAACUAGUUUUUCUGCGGUACAUUGCCCUAACUUGCAACGGGGAGCUCCCUCCUUCCAUAUCCAACCUUUUCCACCUUCAAUUCUUGAUUAUUGAAAGACAUAUGAGCAUUAGAAAGCGUGGAGUUCAGUCAUAUAUGCCUGUGCAAAUCUGGGACAUGCAAGAACUACAACAUAUUCAAAUUUCGGGAAGCGACCUACCUACCCCUAAUACGGAUGAUGCUACCUUGAUCAAACUCGUUACACUUGUUGGUGUGAGUGCAAACAAUUGUACUAGGGAAGUUCUCAAAAGAAUUCCUAAUUUGAAGAAUUUAGGAAUUGAAGUGGAGUUGAAGCCUUAUGGUGAUGAUGGUGAUGAAACCAACGUGUCGAGUCGCUCGAGUUAUAUAUCACAACUCCAGAAUUUGAUCGGACUUGCAUAUCGCAUCACGAAUCCGGAGAUAAAGUAUGAGUUUAAUACUAUUCCUCUUUCAAUGUUUCCAUCAAGUCUCAAAGUGUUACGUUUGAGUGGGUUGGGGUAUCCUUGGAAUUACAUGAAUGACAUUGGUUUGCUGCUGCCAAAUCUCGAGGCUCUCAUGCUACAAUGCUAUGCCUUUCGAGGCCCGGAGUGGGAAAUAGAAUCAGGGGGUUUCUUGAAACUUGCUAGACUUAUAAUUGAAGACACUGAUUUGGUGCAAUGGAGACCUCAACGUGGAAGUUUCCCAAAGCUUCGAAGCCUAAGCAUGAAGCAUUGCUACAAAUUACAACAACUCGAUUGGCCUUAUGAUCGCUCUUGGAUCACAGAAGUUGAAUUCAUUGACUGCAGUCCUUUAGCUGUCGCUUGUGCCAAUCAAUUAAAAGACAAGUUUUCAUUUGAACUUAUUGUCAAAUCUUCUUUUUGA